UGGCUUUGGAAAUGGGCGUAUCUUAUUCUAUUUAUUCGGCCGCUGUAACGGGGCAGUCUUUUCUCUGGUGGUGACCAAAGCGUGUUCGUUUUCUGUAUUUCUGAGGGCGUUUAUUCCCGCAAGAUGUCGAAAGAUAUACCACGUGAGCCAGAGCAGCUUCGCAAACUAUUCAUCGGCGGGUUGAGUUUCGAGACUACAGAUGAAAGUCUGCGGGCCCAUUUUGAAGAAUGGGGCAGCCUCACAGACUGUGUGGUCAUGAGGGAUUCAGCUACCAAAAGAUCCAGGGGCUUUGGUUUCGUCACGUAUUCAUCAGUUAAGGAAGUUGAUGAAGCCAUGUUGGCACGUCCCCACAAGGUUGAUGGAAGAGUCGUUGAACCUAAGCGUGCGGUUUCUCGAGAGGAUUCCAACAAGCCAGGUGCCCAUGUAACAGUGAAAAAGAUAUUUGUUGGUGGGAUCAAAGAAGAUACCGAAGAGUCACACCUACGAGACUACUUUCAACAGUUUGGAAAGAUUGAGGUCAUCGAUAUUCUGACUGACCGUAGUACCGGAAAAAAGAGGGGCUUUGCUUUUGUAACGUUUGAUGACCAUGAUUCAGUGGACAGGAUUGUCAUCCAGAAAUACCACACAAUUAAUGGUCACAACUGUGAGGUUAGGAAGGCCCUGUCAAAACAGGAAAUGCAGUCUGCAGGAAUGUCAAUGAGAGGUAGUAGGAACAGUGGAAGGCCAUAUGAUGAUGAUAGAGGCUUCAACCAAGGUGGCAGGGGUGGAAGAUAUGGAGGUGGACCUUACAAUUGCAAUUUUGGUGGCGAUGGUGGUGGCUAUGGUGGCGGUCCCAGCAGUCCUGGAUACAACAGUGGAGGUGGAAAUCGUGGGUAUAACCAGGGUUACAACCAGGGAGGUGGUGGAGGUGGAGGCUAUGGCGGAAUGAAUUAUGACAGCAAUGGCUAUGGCAACUGUGGUGGUGGUGGUGGUGGUGGCGGCGGCAGCAGUGGUGGUGGCAAUAACUACAAUAAUAUGGGUCACUACGACUCCCAACCCUCCAACUAUGGUCCAAUGAAAAACUUUGGGGGAGGUGGAGGUGGUGGUGGAGGCAGGAACUUUGGAUAUGGUAGUGGCACAAGCAGCAACAACUACGGACGCAGAUUUUGAAAUAAGUGGACUGAGUACUUAGAGGAGAGCAAGGAGAGGAGAGCGAAGUGACAGGGCAGCUGCAGGUUUACCUCCUAAAUCUGCUCAGCCAAACAGUUGUGGCAGGUUACAGCUGCUUCAUGAAGAGAUGUACAGUAGAUAAUCAUGAAGGAGUUUUCAUUUACACGUGUUUGAGUGAAUUUGUUUCUGGAACGCAAGCAUUCCAAUGAGGUUUUAUGUAGUUUGUUUUUAAUUUGUAACUGCACUCAUUCAAGCUGAAAUAAAACCAUGCUUCAGUUUUUUUUUUCUUAA